AUGAAGAGACACCGAAAGAACUCCGCAAAGGAAUCUGUCACACAUUACAAGCCUGUCGACUUCACUAUUCACUCCGAAGACAGCCUGGGCAAUCUCAGCCGCUUCCCAAGAGAAAUCAGAAACAUGAUCUACAGCGCGAUCGUCCCUUCAAUCAUGGCGCACAGCUUUGAAAGCACGAAUAUCGAUCACCGCGUCGUACGUGAGCUCAUUAACGCUCCGAUUAUGGCUACAAGCAAGCAGCUCUGUGUCGAAUUCCUCGAAAUCUUCAUCCGGGAAAUCCACAUGGAGGCAAGCAACGAACACUAUAGAAAAUGCCACCCGGAGCCUGGAGAUGAGUAUGACUCUGUAGGAAGUUGUCUGCAAGAGCCUGCCGACGGACGUGGCGAAGCUUGCCCUGAUUGCCUCGAGAAAUUCCUGGCAUUUGUCAAGGGUCGCAUCGAGUAUGAUUUUCUCAGCAACCGCAGAAGACUCGGACUUCAGAUCAACACGUUCUACUUCCAAAUGGACAAACACACGCAGGAAUGUAGGGAGGGCAACCUUGAGGAGCUACCCCAGAGAUUGCAGCGUCUGUGGGACAUUCACGAGGAUUUUCGUGUUCCAUCUGAUCACAUCUACCUCAACAUGGACUACGGCCAACCAGGAGAUUACAUCCAUUGGAGAUUGCCUGACAAUCUUCCGUUCAACUCUCUCCCACAUCAUUUCUGGAGUCCCGAUUUCGAGUUUGUUUCCACAAACAUAGAGCUGUCCGAUGAGGAAGCCUCGACUCGAUUAUUCCAUGACAUGAGAAGAAAGCUGAAGGCCGAGAUCACAGCCUACAAAGCUUUGAAGCUACGUGAGUUCCUAGAAUCUUCUCCCAACGAAGAAGAGUAUGCAUGCAUGAAAAAGCAACUGAAUCAUGUUUGCUAUACUUUCUAUCGGGGAGGCAUUCAACCCAUGCUGGAGUUCCACAUAGACAUGGCAAAGACGGCUCUUGAGUUCUGGAAGGCAAAAGAGGAGCAAUACAAUGUUUGGCAUCUGUUCGACCUUGCUGAGUCAUGGCUCGCGGAAAAGUAG